CAGAUCUGAACUUAAAAAAUUGAGAUGGCGAAGGGAACAGCUUCUUAUAUACUAGGGGGAGAAGAAGGAAAGCCAGAAACACCGGGCCCGGCGGCGAUGGCGUUACUCUCGCACUCUCUCACCUCUUAUCCUACGGCGGCGGGGUUGAGUUCUUCCUCUCUGUAUGGUGGCGCAGUUGUCUUCCCACAGCCUCAGGCCUGCGCUUAUUUGAUGCCGCCGCCGCCUCUGCGUCUAGCGAACAACGCUGUAUGGCUCAACCGUCGGAAGUCACAGGUCGUGCGUAUGGCUCCUGAAGAAGAGAAGUUAACUCGCCGUUCUCCACUUGAAUUCCCCAUGGAAUGGGAAAGACCAAGGCCUGGUCGCAGACCAGACAUCUUUCCCCAAUUCAGCCCUAUGAAAACUCCACUGCCGCCUCCAUUACCAGCCGAUCCUCCCCCGGAAGAGGAUGAGGAGGAAGAAGAAAGGCAAGAGGAAGAGGAAGAGGAGGAGAAAGAGGGUGAUGAAGAAACUGAAAAGGAGGAACCGGAUCUUCCAGAAAGAACACAAUAAACAGGCCUAGGGCAUAGAGUUAUUGUACUUGAGCUUAUUCCAUUGUAACCUUCAUAUCUACACCGGGAUGAGGUACUGGGAUGUCUAAAUAUUGUUGUGCUCUCCAUAUGUAAUUAUGUGUUGAGUGCCGAAUCCCCCGUGCACGGUGCAUCCCCUUUUGAAUAAAAGGUAAUCACUAUACCCCAUUUAAAAAACGAGCAUCUAAAUAGACAGUUGCCACGGGCCCACGGCUAGAUGAUCCUCAAAACAAAAGUGAAGCUGCCAGUGAUUUUGAG